CAGCACCGCCUGAGGCGGGGAAAAAAAAAAGGCGGGAAGCGCGGCCGCCAUUUUGGCCGCCAUGGAGACUGAGGCGCAGAGGUUGAAAGCGGCUUUUCAUUACACUGUUGCCUGUCUGUGCCAGGAAGUUGCUGAAGAUAAAAAUAUUCAGUUUAGCAGACAGAGCAUUGCAGCUAUUUCUGAGAUCGCCUUUAGACAAUGCGAAUUUUUUUCAAAGGACCUUGAAAUGUUUGCCAAGCACGGAAAACGGAGUACAGUUAAUGUUGAAGAUGUGAAACUUUUGGCUCGAAGGAGCAACUCAUUGUUGAAGUAUAUUACUCAGAAGAGUGAUGCGCUUUCUUUGAAUAACCUGGAACAAAAAGAGAAAAAGAAAAAGAAAUCGGCUGCUAAGAAAGGAGGAAGAAAUUCGAAUGAGCUUGAAGAACCUGUGGCAAUCGAGAAUGAAGAUUCCAACAUGGCGUAAAACUCACCCUUGCUGGUGUCAAGAUGGGGAUUUGUCACAUUCAUUCUGGAGCCCAGAUCUUCAGUGUCAUUUUGCCUAGAUUACAAUUCUAUUUUUUUUUUUAAAUUUAAAUAAGCCCAGUGUAUUUGAAAAAUAAAAGCAAUAAACAUUGGGAAAAGAAAAAUAUACCUGAAUGGGGAACUUG